GCAUCAGAACAUGCUGUGAAUGAAGGCACAAAAUUUCUUUGUCUCUCUCUACUGUUGCCUCCCACGUUUCUUUGCAUGUUUUGUGCGCUCACUUUCUCUCUCCAUCUUUUUUUCUGUCAAAGAAAAAAGCUUUCUUGGGAAAACCCACUUCAAUUUCAAAAGUUCCAACCUGUAACAACCAAAGCCUCCCCCAAGAAAUCCUCAAUUUGAGACAGAUUAGUAAGACCUUGUUGAACUUUGCGCUUCUGGGUUUUUUUUGUUUUCAUUUUGGUGUUAUGGAUAUUGCUGCAUUUGUCCAACGUCAGUUUAUAAUCCAUUGUAGUGUGUAAAGUUUGGAUUUUGGUUAGAAGAAGUUAAGCUAGGGUUCAAAUUGGUACAGUUGAAGUCAUUUGUGCUGGAUUUUUGGAGUUUCUUUUGUCUAGUUUUGGUCAUUUAGGGACUUCUGUACUGAAUUUUGGUCGUUUUUUGUGAAUUUGGGUUUUUAUUGAGCUCUGUAUCUGCUUGGAGAUCUGUGUUUCCUCCGGUAAUUUGGAGGAGAACUUUUGAAUUGGAAUGUUCUUGAGUUAUUUGGACAUUUGCAGUGGAGAAGUUGCUUGAGAUUUACGCGUCUAGAAUUUGAUAUGGAGGUAUAGUUUCUCGUACAUUUUGUUGGAAACAGACAUGGCCUCAACAUCACCUUCACCAAAUUCUUCCCCUUCUGCAGUUCCACCAACAACAUCCUCCGCCACCUCACCAUCAUCAACAACAGCCCCUUCUUUACCAUCAAAUUCUACGUCCACUUUACCUCCACCUGCAAUAACUUUGCCUGAUCAGACAACUGAUCCCCCGGUCCCUUCAACCUCUUUUAACUCUUCAGCUCAACCUCCUCAAUCCGCCAGGCCCGCAAUUCCAGCUGCCCCCCCUCCAUCUCCACCAUCAUCAACGCGACCAUCUACAACAACACCCUCAACACCACUACCAUCUGCACCACCUCCAUCACCCCCAGCAUCCCCACCACCAGCCCCUCCAACAUCACCACCUCCAUCAACACCUAUUGCCCCUCCUCCAGCUGUCACUACUUCACUGCCCCCUCCUCCUCAUGUAUCUCCUCCUCCACCACCAGCAAGCAGCUCUCCCUCUCCCCAGUUCUCCCCAACCACACCUGUUGCAUCUCCUCCUUCCCCUCAAGCUGUUGCCCCUCCUCCACCUUCUCCUGUUAAUGUCCCUGCGCCUCCGUCCAUUGAUACACCAUCUCCACCAGCAGAAAAGGCCCCUGAAAGUUCCUCUGCACCUCCAAAUGUUACUCCACCAUCUAGUUCUCAUUCUAGUAGUCCUCCACCUGUAACAAAUUCUCCUCCUCCUCCAACAUCUACAUCACCACCUCCUUCUGUCCCAUCAACUUCUAUGCCGCCUGUAACACCUCCUCCUGCUCCUCCAGAUAAUUCAUCGACAACAGGAACUUCUCCUUUGUCACCCUUACCCUCUAUCCCUACAGAAAAGCCAACUGCAACAGCAACUAAUCGUACCAAUGUCUCCAAAAAUACAUCCACAGUCGCAGAAAAUUUAAACACUGGAGCUGCCGUGGCAGUAGGCAUCGUGGUUGGGUUUGUAGUACUCAGUUUUCUCGUGAUGGCUGUGUGGAUUGUACAUAAACGAAAGAGAAGGCAUGCUAAAUCAAAUAUCGGGCACACUAUGCCUUCCCCAUUUGCCUCCCUGCAGAAUUCAGAGUCGGUAUUUCUAAGACCCCUUUCUCAUGGACCUUUGGGAGGAAGCCCUUCUGGCAGUGAUUUCAUCUAUUCACCUUCAGAGCCAGGAGGAGUAAACACUUCAAGGUCAUGUUUCACAUAUGAGGAGCUAGCCCAAGCCACAAAUGGGUUUUCAACACAAAAUCUUUUGGGUGAAGGCGGAUUUGGUUGUGUAUACAAAGGCAUCCUGGUGGAUGGUAGAGAAGUUGCUGUAAAACAAUUAAAGGUGGGUGGUUCUCAAGGAGAGCGUGAGUUUAAAGCGGAGGUUGAGAUUAUUAGCCGAGUACAUCACCGCCAUUUAGUUUCAUUAGUGGGUUACUGUGUAUCAGAGAAUCAAAGAUUGCUCAUCUACGACUACGUCCCAAAUGAUACACUUCACUACCAUCUCCAUGGUAAAGGCAGGCCAGUUAUGGAUUGGGCAAUUCGGGUCAAGGUUGCUGCUGGGGCAGCUCGUGGCAUCGCUUACCUACAUGAAGACUGUCAUCCCCGCAUUAUCCAUAGGGAUAUCAAGUCAUCAAACAUCCUUCUUGAUAACAAUUUUGAAGCACGGGUUUCAGAUUUUGGGCUUGCAAAGAUUGCACUGGAACUGGAUUCAAAUACACAUGUAACAACACGCGUGAUGGGAACCUUUGGGUAUAUGGCCCCUGAGUAUGCAACAAGUGGUAAGUUGACUGAAAAAUCUGAUGUUUAUUCAUUUGGGGUUGUGCUUUUGGAGCUAAUUACAGGCCGUAAGCCUGUUGAUGCCUCUCAGCCACUGGGUGAUGAAAGCGUAGUUGAAUGGGCUCGACCAUUACUUGCUGAAGCACUUGAUAAUGAAGAUUUUGUAGCACUAGUUGAUCCAAGGCUGGAGAAGAACUAUGUACCUAGAGAAAUGAUUCGGAUGAUUGAGGCAGCUGCAGCUUGUGUGCGUCAUUCAGCUGCAAAAAGGCCACAAAUGAGUCAGGUGGUGAGAGCUUUGGACUCGUUAGAUGAGUUGUCAGAUCUAUCUAAUGGAAUGAAACCUGGCCAAAGUGAAAUCUUCGACUCAAGACAACAUUCUGCUCAGAUUAGAAUGUUUCAGAGGUUGGCAUUUGGUAGUCAGAACUAUAGUUCAGAUUUUUUUGAUAACAAUCAAAGUAGCUGGAGGAGUUGGGAGCAUAGCCAGAGUAACUUCAUACCAUAAGUGCAUCUCAGUACAGAAUUGAUAUGAGUUCAAGUCUUCCAUGGCAAACAAUUAUCUUAAAUUUCUGAUCUAUAAAAUGGAAUUUGAUAGCAGCUAAUUUCUGAAGGGUUACAGGCUCAAUCCUGGAUUUUGAGACCCCUUGACAAUUUUGUUCAUCUUGGAGCCAGGUCAUACCAAGUCCAGUCUCCCUCCAACCCCUCCUUCUCGGCCAAUACGAUUUUCCUUCUAAGUUUGCCCCAUUUUGUAUUCUUUAUUAUUUAAAUUCAUUGAUUUUUUUUGUGUAUUUAUAUAUCCAAUUAAUGUAAGUCUUCAUUUUGUAUUAUUCUGAACCUAGUUAUGCAUAUAUUUCUACUUCUACUGAGGCCA